GAUGUAAACAAACAUGCCGUUGUCAACAACAAACACGCGGUUCAAAUAAGCGCACAGUAACGUUUCGGAAAAAUUUGCUAAAUAAAAGCAAAGUAAAGCUGUAAGCUACCUACGAUGGAUCCCGGAUUCUGUCCCGAUUGUGGUUCUAUUCUGCCGCCACUGAAAAACUCCAACAGAGUGUCCUGCUAUGGCUGCCAAAGCGAGUUCGAUGCUGCGGCAUUCGGCACGAUGGAAACAGAGUAUACGAUCCAUUUCAAUUCGUACGCCAAUAAAAAAUCGGAUCAAGCCGACCGUGCCGAAGGAGAGGAAGCCGAAGGACCGAUUGUGAACCGACAGUGUCCCAAGUGUGGUAAUGAUCAGAUGUCGUACGCCACUUUACAGCUCCGAUCUGCAGACGAAGGUCAAACCGUAUUCUUCACCUGUACAAAGUGCAAGUACAAGAUGUCGGAGAAUUCAUAAAUAUAAACUGUACCAAAUGAAUCAAAUGUGGAAAACAAAAAAUGGUGUAAAUACGUC